CGGAUCCUUUCCUUGGAGAAGAGGCGUGCAGCCCGCCAUUGCUGACCAUGCACAACCACCACUCUUCCUCAGCCAUCUAAAUACACCAACCAGCAGACACCCAGUUCACGAGCAGUUUAAGUUCAUCCUCCAAGAAACAAAAACCUACGGCGAUCGAUCUAUCUCGUUCUCGAGACAGCGAAUUUGACUUGAUCUCAGCCAGGAUGUCGCUGCAGCCAGCACAGGCUCCGGCGCAAGCGCCGGUGAGGGUCAUCACGGCGUUCGGCAGCCCGUUUGCGCACCGGGUGGAGGUGGCGCUGACGCUCAAGGGGGUGCCGUACGAGCUGCUCGUGGAGGACCUGACCAACAAGAGCGAGCUGCUGCUCGCCCACAACCCCAUCCACCAGUCGGUCCCCGUCCUCCUCCACGGCGACCGCGCCGUCUGCGAGUCCCUCCUCAUCGUCGAGUACAUCGACGAGGCCUUCCAUCACGAAGCGGCGCCCCGGCUCCUCCCCACGGACCCGUACGACCGCGCCACGGCCCGCUUCUGGGCCGACUUCAUCGCCAACAAGUGCUUGAAGCCGCUGUGGCAGGCGAUGUGGACGGACGGCGAGGAGCAGGCGCGGCUGGCGAGGGAGACCAAGGAGAGCCUGGGGAUCCUGGACGCGCAGCUCGAGGGGAAGAGGUUCUUCGGGGGCGACGCGCUCGGCUUCGUCGACCUCGCCGCAUGCACGCUGGCUCACUGGCUCGGCGUGCUGGAGGAAGUCGUGGAGGUGCGCCUGAUGGCGGACGGCGAGUACCCUGCCCUGCGCCGGUGGGCCAAGGAGUACACCUCCGACGAGGUCGUUAGGCGGUCCCUGCCGGACAGGGACGAGCUCGUCGCCUACUUCACAAAAAACAAGGAGAGGUACCUGUCGUCCAUGGUCAAGGCAGCGGCGAAGUGAAUCAGUAGCGUGUGGCGCGAUCGUCGCAGCGGCGCGGUGAAGAAGCGACCACGUACACAUCACAGUUGUGCUAGAGUCUCUAAAUAAGCAAUGUAUUUUUAGAUGUAAUAAGCAUGUAUUUUGUUCAACACCAUAAUCGUGCAUGGUUUGCCAAACUUUCAUCA